UUCUUUUUAGCUCUUUUGGGGAUGAAUCAUAGAACAGAUAACCAACCAUGAAGGAAUUAACUGAAUACCUUUUUUCACCUUCUGAAAAUAUAAUACUUGAAUGUGGACAAACUACCAAUGCAAACAGUAUAAAGAAGCUGAAAGAUCUUGUUUUAGUUCAGUUAAAUGAACUGUAUUUAAGGAGUGUGGGACAAUUGCAACACUGUUUUUCACUUAAAGUAUGCAUCCUGUCUAAUAUUUACAUUACAAAUAUUGAUCCACUUGUAUGUUGUGUUCAUCUAGUUAAACUGGAUCUCCAUGGAAACCAGGAAGCAACAUUUGUGGAGGCCAUAAACUGGGUAAAAGACAUCAUUUCAAAAAUCAAUCAUGUUCUAGCUCAUCAUACACCAAUUCUGAUUGUUCAAAGAUGGAUAAGAGGCUAUUUAACUAGGAAAAAAAAUGGCAAAAUUCUUUUGCAUGAAGUUCCCCUGCAGAGACAUUACAUCAGAGAUGGAGCAAAACAAAUUUACAGUCAAGGCACACCUUCAGAAUGUGAUAGUAAAAGCUUUAUGUAUCACAUCAUUAAACCAGAACAGAACACUGAGGAUGAAAAGCUUACAUCUGGGAAACAAGUCUUCUCUAUGGAUAAUUUUAAAGAGCUUCCUGUUUUAUGUCUUGGAAGAGAAAAACAAGCAGUUAUCUCUAUUUUACCUACAUUGGGAAAAAAAGAGAGAAAAAUUAAACUAGAGGAACGACGAAUUCCACUGAGAAAGGGUUCCUUGGACAUGGAGAAACCAAAUAUGGAGGAGCAGGUAGAAAAUAAAUUUAAGCUCUCAGUAGGUAGAGCAAUUUUUUAUCCAGUGAGGGCUAAACUUCCAUUAUUUCAAAAGCAAGGAGAAGAAAUUUGGCAUGCUGUACAUGGAUUUCAUUCGGGUAUUCAUCCUAAUUGCCAGAGUAAAGCGAUGCAUUGCCCAAGCAGGAUAGAGAAGAGGAUUUUUGCUAAAAUGUAUGGAUCUGGAAUGCGUGGACCACUUUAUGAUAUUGAUACAUUUUAUAAGGAGAGUAAGCAACAUGACAUCCAAACUAGAAAAGAAUUUAGGGUUAUGCAGAUGAAGAAUGCUAAAGACAAAGUUAAGCACAAUGUUGAAGGAUUUCUUAGGGAGAAAAAACAUGGUGCUCAAAUAAGGUGCAAAGAAGAUGAUAAAAGAAUUCAAGGAGCUUUACGACAGCGUGAAGUAAGAAGAUCAAAAUAUAUUGAAGAUGUUAGGGAGGGGCAUGCUCAGUUUUUAGAAAAAAAGAAACAAAAAGCAUCAGAGUAUUCAUUUGUUCAAGAGUUCAGCACUCAGCAUGUUGCCUUGACACAGAGUUUCUCAAAACUAGACAGAAUGAAGAAAUGCAAGGAAUCUGUAAAGGAGAAAGAGAGAAUUGUUACAGAAUGUAAAGAAAAAGUGAAAAAAUGUAAGGAGUUGAUUAAAAGUCUUCAGGAGCAGAGGAAAUCAAUGUUACAAAAACAAAGCUUGGCAGAGAAGAAGUUUAUAGAGUCAAUUUUUUUUCAAAAUACCACUGAGAGAUUGCAGAAAGCCAAGGCAAGAGUGGAAGCUGCAAAGGAGCAACAAAGCAAGAUAAUGUGCAGGGUGCCAUUGAAUCUCAGUGUUUGCUGUAUGGAUUAUAUAGUAAAUGCCAAUGUUUAAGAUGAUAGCUUGCAGUGCUGUAAGUGAAUAGAAGCUAAACUACAAAAAUCUAGUUGAAUGCUAAAUAUAAAAAUCUGUUCUCAGAUACUAAAUUCCCAUUUGUGGGGAAAAACCCACAAAAAAGAAAGAAAACAAGUCCAUUACAUGCAUUUACUUAUAAGAAAAUGUUAAUGUUGGAUUUCCUUUUGUUACACAAAUUGCCAAUUGCUCAAAUCACAAGUGAGACCUUAUAGAGGGAGAUAAGGCAAAAUGCUGCAUUUAUUGAUUACAUGAAUUAGAGGUUUGAACACACUACUCGUAUAGAUGCACACAAAUCAUCAUGCAGAAAACUUACACACAGGCACACACAAACACAAAACAACCAUUCAGAUAUUAUAGUUACCAGCAGCAGUUGUUCUAUAACAGCACUUGGUGGCCGGCCCCGGCCUUAUUGAGAGAAGGUGCAGGUAGGGUGGUUAUUAUGAGAGAGAGAGAAAGAGAUCCUGUAGAUAACAGCUUGGAGUGGGGUGAAACAGACAUGUCUGUGCUCUGACAAAACAGCAGUUGAAAGACAGACUUCACCCAGCAUUUUUAAAGUCUUCUUUUAUAGGGAUUUGGUAUCCUUUGUCUCAGUGCUUUGGGGCUUUUCCAUACCCAGCUUCUGUUUUUGCGGUUGUAUUCUCAGCCUUGGAGUGUUCUUGCUGCCCAUCUAGUAGGAUGGGUGCAUUCCUUCUCCUUGUUAUCUUUGUGUCGUAGGCCUGAAAAGGAUUCUUCAGCCAUUUAUUAAUUAGUUUACUGACUGGUAACUUACAUUUGGUGCCGUGUUGCUUACAUAAACAGUUAAAUCUUCUUCUUCCAUCUCUAUGCUAUUCUGUCACCAUUCGCCCUUUUAUACCUACUCAUACACAAAGGCUAUGCAGAAUUCAUUCACUAUGUCAAGCAGAAGGAUACAAAAUGGAGUUUAAGUUGCUUACAGGACAAGACUAACACGGUUACAUUUCCCUUUUAUUACACUCUAUGUUAACAUCAGCUACAUUAGUUCAGUUCCUGCUACACUUUCAAUAUUGGUUUGAUUUAAAAAUUAGAAAAUUACUAUCUGAUACCACACUGUAUUUGAGAUCUCAAUAUUUCCUUUAUGUAGAAAAAGAAAUCCCUGUGGCAUUAGUUUGCAUGGUGUGGUAUUUUUAAACAAAUGUUUACUUUUAAAUGUUGAACACUCAACUGUCAUGUACAAAUACCUGUAUUUAUUCUUAAAGCUAAAUGAUUCAGUGCCACAUAAUAAUUUGGAAAAAAUUAUGGCUUGCUAGUGUAGCCAAGUAGCAGAAGUGCAAUUAAAAUUGACUAAUGUUGUUGCAGGUAGGAAUCCUGAAGCUUUGCUUCAAUAACUAUAUACAUACAGCAAUUCUAUAGGCCAUUAGCUCUCUAUAGAAUGUGCUUUUGCUGUCUCUCUGACAACCCUGAUACAGUAAUUUUGUCCUAGCUGCUAACUUUCAUUAACAUACUUUGACUGGCUUCAUUAGCCAUUUCAAACAUGUAAGUAAUUAUGCUUCUAGUUUAUUCUUUUUGUAUUCUUUGUGUACAUAUACUUCUCUAUAUAUUUUUAUUUAUGUGAAAGUGUAUGCAUGUGUCUCUGCACACAUGCAUGUGCACAGACACAUACACCUGGGUAUGUGUCUGUAUUUUUAUAACUGCCUUUUUAGUCUAAUGUAAAUGUUUGGUUGAUAAAUUAACUAAUGCCACCUAGCAAGAUUGAUUUCAGAAAAUAAGUCUCUCCAAGAACAAAUUGUUAAUUAGCCAUAAAUGUUUGAGUCAUUCCUUAGAAGUGGUAAGGGGGUGUCUGACAAAUGUUUCCCUUGCACCGUAUGAAUACCGUGCAGAAGAGCUCACUACUACAAGGCAGAUUUUCAAGUAAUCUUCAAAAUAUUGCAGAGUCAUUUCCUGAAACUAAUUAAAAUGUCCCUAAACAGAUUUUUUCCUCUAAAAAUCAACCAUGCUGUGUGACAUCAAUUAAUUUAUCAGCAGAACAUAUACAUUAUUCUAAAAAGACAGUUAUAAACCAGAGAUAAAAAACCCCAGUAUUUAAUCAUUCUAUAAGCAUCUUAACUAUGCCUGAAACAAGUUCUAGCUUACCACUUAAAGGUAAUAACUGUAAUUUAGUGCAGGAAAAAAACAAAAACUAGUGAAAUAUCCAGUCUAAGACAAAUGGUCUUUUUAGCAGGGGUGCAGAGUCCAUAAUUACAGUAUUAAUAAGUUAGAAAAAAUAACAUUCCAUUACAUCUGCUAUUCAACUUUCUUCAGUAAUUCUAGAUAUUUAUUUAAUAUUUAAAUAGCUUGUCUCCGGUAGUGUUUUCAUUGUUUGAUGUGGUCUAGCAGUUCUCUGACAUCUUUCAUCAUUCAUCUAGAUUAUUUUCUUAAGCAUACAAUACUUGUAAUUUCUGUCAUCUUAUCUGUUGAGUUUGUGCACCCAUGUGUUAAGUUAAACUGCUAAUAAGUCCCAUAAGGAGAAGAUGUGUUAAAUUACAAGUAUAUUAAUACCUUGUUAUAAAAAAAAUGGAAAAGUCUAACUGAAGGUUAAAAAAUGCUGUUACAUAAUAGUUUUGCUAUAAAGCAAG